AUGGAGGUGGUGAAUUGGGAUGAGUUCUACUUUUCGGCGUCACACACGGACACGCUUUCGAUGUUUUCGCCAUCUUACCGUACGAUGGCUCCCGACGGUUAUCGAACGAAUGUGGAUAUCAGUGGUGCCUUGAAGCGGUUUUUCAUCGAUAAGAUCCGAGCUAGUGGUCCGAUCACAGUCGCCGAAUACAUGAAAACUGCCAUUAGUGCACCCACCGUGGGGUAUUAUGGGGGUUUUUCGGACUCGCAAAAGGUUUUCGGCGAAGAAGGUGACUUCAUCACUGCUCCUGAGCUGACACAGCUCUUCGGAGAACUUCUUGGUGUCUGGUGCUAUUACGAACUGGCAAACACAGGACAUGCAGGUAUGAUUUCUACCACUAAUCCGAUGGAGGUAGUGAAAAUCACCGCAGAGGUGGUAGUACUUGAUUCAGGACCUUGGCAACUUGUUGAAUGUGGGCCAGGCACAGGACAACUAAUGCACGAUAUUCUUCUGGCGAUGGAUAAAUUUCAGGAGAAGAAUCUGUCGGUGCAUUUGGUUGAGACAUCCGAUGCCCUUAUACGGCAGCAGGAAGAGGUGCUGUGCGGUUCAUCCUCAUCGUCAACAAGCACAUCGAGUUGUGGGAACGCAGUGAGAAAGAACAAAUCGAAUAUGGGGGUUCCAAUAUUUUGGUACAAAACAUUGGAUGAUGUACCUGAGCAGUUUUCCGUUUUUGUCGCUAACGAAUUCUUGGAUGCACUGCCUGUCCAUCAGUUCUGCCGUGAGUCUGAUGGAGUAUGGCAUGAGGUUUACAUCAAUAUCGAUAAGGCUGGAGAAUUGUGCUUUAUGAGAUCUAAGGGCGAGAACCUGCACACCCGUGGUCUGAUACCAGAAGAUAUCCGUGCUGAAAAGGAAACUUCUUGGAGUGUAGUCCGAGGCGUGGUAUACGGAACAAAUUACCAGAAGGAUGUCAUUCUAAUCAUUCAUGAUGGCGGGUUUGGGCUCAUCAUUGAUUAUGGUCAUGAUGGAUCUCGCAAUGAUUUGUCUUUACAGAGACCUAUAAGAAGGGAACAAUCACUGGCUAUGAUAGACGGCCGAUGUCAAUUUGCGCUCCUCAAGUCGCUUCAUAUGUUGAUCGUGCAUCGAUUAGAGGACGAAUACGAGCGUGAUUUUCUUGCCCAAUUGGGAGCCCAAGUACGGCUAAGGAAUUUACUGAAGUCAUGUAGCGACCGCGAAAAGCAGGAAGCGCUCAUCAGUAAGUCUAAUCAUUGCAUUAAUCAUAUAACUUCCUUAUGGGUGAUAUGGGCGAACGAUUCUUGGCUAUGUCUGUAUUUCCAAAAACGCUCAGUGGAAUUCUUGAAAAAAGGGGAGGACCUGCAGGAUUUGCGCAGAAUCGAUCCACGACGGCGAAAAACUCUGAAAAAGCCAAUUAAAACUAUGGUGAAGACGAAAGACCAUGGGCUACAAGCUUUCCAAUCGAUACGCAUGAAAUGGGAGAUCAGCACACAGAGCUGCAUUCUGAAUUUACUAGGCGAUGGAGCAUUGCCUUCACCCGUCGUAUUAUUCUGCUGCUUGGAUAGAAAGUGCUUUGAGUGCUAUGCUGUGCUCGCAAUAUUGGCUGAAUAUGGCUCCAUGGGAAAUCUUAAGAAGGAAGAUUAUAUGGCUUUAGGAUCGUACAUGGGGUUAGAGCCUGUUGGCGAGUCCGACGAGGAUGAUCAGUCUUUUGUGGGGACUGAAAUAGAAGAAACAGAAACAGGUGAUACCGCUUCAAAAUCUCUCAGGAAUUCGCAUGUUUGCGAUUACCUGGGGAAACUUGCUCAGACAUGGAAGAUUGCACUUCCACAAAUGGAACAGAAAUCGUCUCCUAGCCUUCGACUUCUUAGGACAUUGAUGCGCUAUGUAUGCGCUCCAGGUUAUGUGGUGAAAUCCAAACAUGGCGAUAAAUGUGCUUCUUGUCGGUGCAACUAUGAACCACUUUAUCAGGAAUUUGGGGUAUUCCUUUAUCCGGAAAACAGGGGCGAACUCGGAUCACCCCCGCUAUUCUAUGGAAAACUGAGCGAUGGCACUGCAGUUGCAAGAACGUUUCAGCUAUAUCUGUAUACUCCUGAC